UUGGAGAAGAUUAUUCCAAGGAUGAUCAAUCGCAAGUACAAGGAAGGAUUAGGGGGAGUGUUAGGAUUUAAUUAGUUUACUUAAUUAAAGGGAAUCCUCCCUAUGUAACCGCCGUCGUGCGGUUGCUUCGGCAACCGACGCGACGCUCCCUCACACCCCCACGAUCAGUCGCGUCUCCUCUUCGCGACGGUUGACCUUGUAUAAAUACCCGAUUGUCAAUGGAAUAAAGAACACAGUUCGAUUCAUUUGCUUCUCUCUCGAUCGCUCUCAGUUUUCCUUCGAACAGUGCGAUCGUAUGACAGGACUCGAGGACGGACGACGGAUACACUUGACGGAUUGCUUCCCGGUGGCAAUUGCUCUGUAAUUUCAAUGGAAAAUCAAGGGCAAUAAAAAUGGAUCAACAAGAAGUCUUACUUUUUUUUAUUAUUAUAGGUAUAGAUAUAGACAUAUUUCUUUUAUCGAAAAAAAUUCGUUUCCCAUUUUCGGCAAAGAGGCUAAGGAAAACAAAAUGUAAAAUUACAAUCUUUUAUCUGAGCGAUGGGGCGCACCAUCAGAAGAGCCGGUCCAAUCCAAAGCCAAAAGCCAAAGCCAAAACCUAAACUGCUAGUUUGCCCACGUGAGGAAGGCUAGCUGCCACGUAGGAUCGUACGGGAAUCGGACACGAAUCAUCGUACAUAUAUAGCAGCGCCAAGAAAAAAAAAACUGGUCCCAUCCGAAUCAGAUCUCGGUCCGGAUCGUGUAUCAAAUACUAGCACCAAGAUCUCUUUUUUUUUUUUGGCUCGAUUAAAUACCAAGAUCUUGUCCCGUGAUCUCUCCCUGUAUAAUAAUCAAAUCAAUCCCCAAGGCGUAGCCCUCCACGGUUUCACACCCCCCUGGGUGGGGAUCGCGCGCCAUGGGGAUGAAGCUGUCGUCCUUGCGCUGUCCACCGCGCAGCGCCGUCGUUGCUGUCUCGCUGCCACCCGACGUCGUCUUUGACAUCCUCUCAUGGCUGCCGCUCAAGUCCCUCUGCCGCUUCCGUUGCGUGUCCAGGGAGUGGCGCGCCCUCAUCUCCAACCCGGCCUUCGUCGCGGCGCACAAGGCUCGCUCCGAGCCUCUCAUCGCUGCCAACUCUUUCAGCGAACCAACGACUCUACGGCUCAUUGACAUGGACGGCAAUGUUGUGAAGGUGAUCAAAACCAAGGAUCAUAUUUUUAGUUUUGUCUGCGCAAGCUCAGAUAACAUCAUAUGUGUCCUCGGCCAUUCCUUGCUACAAGCUAGAGUGAUUAACCUUGCAACAGGAGAGAUAUUGGUGACUAGCAUUAGAGGUACCUUCAUAGGUUUCGGCCGUGCUACCCCGUCCGGUGUCUACAAGAUGGUUUGCAUCCGUACCCGCUGCUGUAGGAUCCUCACCAUUGGAGAUGGUGCGGGGUGGAGGCAAAAGCAAUCCCCCCCACCCAAAGGUAUCUCCUAUCAUAGUAAUCCUGUCACGGUCAACGGCGUGUUAUACUUCGCAUCGCAGAUACAUGGGGAUAGUGUACUCUGCUUUGACCUUGAGAGUGAGGAGUGGAAAAGGGGGAUUAGAGGCCCGCCCAAUGUGGAGCCUGAGCGGUGUUACAUCACUUUGGGCGAGCUAAACAGCACCCUAUGUAUGAUGCAACCAGAGGUUGACAAUGGAUUCACAAUCAUAUGGCUCCUAACUAAUGCCGAUAAGGGCACGUGGUUCAAGCUGUACACGAUCCCCUUGGACCCAUCUACAUACGAUCGUAUGAUACCUUUGAGGAUGUUACUUGAUGGUGGGAAACUGCUCUUCUACGUCACAGAUGAUUCCAUGAAAUUACCGGUGCUGCAAAUCUUUGACCCACAACAUAGGACAUGCUCGGACGCGCCCAAGAUUCUAGCAGGUGACCAUGGCGGAAGUAUCAGCCUUUGCAGCUUGCGCUAGGAGGGUUUUUAUCUAUAUUUAAGUUCUUAGGCAUUUCACCCGCUAUGUAGGCAGCAGGACAAAGACCGGUUAGACAGCAGCAUGCAUGAGGAUCUCCUAGUGGCUGCCCGUUAAGUUUCAUUCUCACAUAGAGUUGUAUCGCUACCUGUUUUAAUUCCAGUUGGGCUUGUUUGUGCUGUUGCCCCAGCGAAAUCUGCUUAUUUUCUUGACUUGCAAUUGAACCUUAUAUGGAUGUGGUUGUUUUAUUUAUGAAGUGCAGUGAAAUCCUGUUUCGAGAAAACUA